CUUAUGACUGAGAGAUUGAUCUGGCAACCUUUUUUUUACUUGUUUGCUUUUAUUUGCUUGGCAAUGCUCUCUAUUUUUGACGUUCCUCUUUGGGUGUUUAAAAUUAACAAAUUUUAAAUUACAGUGCAAAGAUGCCGCCCAGAAAAAAUCUCGAUCUCAACAUUGAAGUGGAUAUUUUAACAGCUGGAUCUAUUUCAGAUGUUGUCAACGCAAUCCUUGAGUUUCUGCUCUUUCAAAGGAACCAAAUUCCGUUCGUAUACAACACCUACAAAUACUAUGUAGGAUUAUGGCCAGAAAUCAAAGGCGGAAAUGAUGGCAAAAUGGAGGUAGUUGCAAAUGAGGAACCAUCCACCUCUACUUUACACUCCUAUCAGUUGGAGCGACAGCGAGAACAGGCUGUCCAAACAAAGGAGGCAAUAAGUGCAAUGCGAACGCUCAUAAAACAAUCAUUUGACAAGAACGUUGUUCGCUGUUUAAGGUUCCUUUUUGGAUCCACGACAUUUACAGCAAAAGAAGCUUAUACCAUUCACAUACCAAUUGAUUCUAUAUCCCGGCUUCACUCCCACAACCAACACCGUAUUCUUCACGGACGACUUAAUCAAACCUUAAUUUCACUCUUGACCAGCGAAGAUCUCUACAAUAUUUUUUCUCAUAAUCUUUGUCCAACCAAUCUGUAUCUCGAACUAGAAAUCUUGACUGAGCCAGGCGUUUUAAAUGAACCAAGUACAAAGGCUCUCUUACUGCCAAAAGAUGUAGGUCCGUUGCCACCCAGUUGUAAGGACAUUCACUUCUAUUUGCAGCAUACGCCGUACCCAUUGAUUGAUGGUGGUCUGCCUUUGAACUGUUGUAAAGAAUUGGAAGUAUUCGAAAAUAUAAAGCACCUUGAUAUAAGUGAUGCUCAGUCGGAAAAUUACGAUUUUUCCGCUACGAAAGAAAAACAGUCGGCGCCCACUUGGUGGGAAACAGACAUUUAUGUGCGUGGUUUCAAAGAGAAGUCGGUAAAAGGAUUGAACGUGUGGGCGAAGUGAUAUCCAAUCGUAUCGCAUAACCAAUAAAAGUGUACAGUCGAAAGCUUCAUUUAUUAUACAUAACAUUUAUUUCUUUUUGCCUUUUCGUGAACUCUAUUGAUAGCAAAGAAUUAAAUCGACUUUAAUUUAAUAAUGCGCUCGUUUUUAUUUAACUUGCUCUGUAUGUAUGUAUGUAGGGAUGUUUGUUAGAGGCAAAUCUACCAAACAAAUUUUUGACUAACUUCCCGAUGACCUAGAGACUUGAAACUUUGCUGUUGGCUCAGAACCCUAUGACAUUGCAACAUAUUCAAGCCGAUUCUGUACAGAAAUUCCCUGGAAGUUUUCUAUCUUUUCCCUUUCCUCCUAUCAUCCCUGAGGAUUUUUUAUAUUAAAUGACGGAGUUGAGCAGUCAAAAAAGUGUCAAAUAGUUUACGAAGUUUGAUUUCCCUCCUCCCAAAUUUUCGGGGAAGAUACUACUCCCUGGGGGUUAAUUAAUAGAGGAACUUUUUCGGGAGUAUUAAGAGUUAGGCUGAUAUAGUAAACCAGUAUUUCUGGUCCGAUUUAGUUCAUAUUUAGAAAGCUUGUUUUAAAAAUAUUUGUUUU